GGGGGGGGGGGGGCAGCUUGCCACGUGGAGAAUGAGGCUGAGCAUGAAACAGCCGACGACUUGGAGCGAGAAGCUUUUGGCAUCCCCGGAUCAUUUCAUUUCCACCAAACACCAAAACUCAAUGGACCUAACCCAUGUUGAUCUGGAUCCCCUUUUCGCAUCAGCUGUGUAUUAUAUUACUCCCCUUAUGCAUGCAUGUUGAGACUGUCUUUAUCGGAGUGUUCGGGUAGAUCUCUCUUUGUACGACACGCAUACGGGGGCGCGCCCACUUUCCACCUGGCUGCCUGACCUCAUACACCCUCACCUCCCACUACCCUCACUUUCUGCGCACUUCAGCGACCCUGCGAGCAUUUUCAAGCGACUGUCCGCUCCUCUCUACCGCCAUAUACUCGUGCUUGUUCUUCUAUGGCGUCUACUGAGGCGCCUCCUAGGCCUCACGACCGACAUGGCCGCCGACGACCGUUCACCACCUGGAUGCGCCGCCUCGCGAAUCUCAAGACUCUUCAUACCGACUCGAACGCCGAGACUGGCGCAAGCUCACGGCGCUAUGCAACCCUCCCUAUGACCAUCAAGUCCAAGAAAGGCAACAUUGCGAAGAACAAUCCCUAUCUUCUCUCCUCGCGCAUCAGCGAGCCUCACAGUCACAGCAAUACCACAAAUGGCCAUCUGUCGUUCUCCACGCACAUGACCUCCUCCCAACGAUCUCGACACAGUUCUCUAUCCCAGUCUCACAGCAAACACUCGGUUUCCAUCUCCCACGACAGCCAGACGGGCGGCAAUAAAUCGCGAGCGCCCACCUUGGCCACACAAGCAGAAACGGCUCUGUCAGAUGCAGCGCCUUCAGGAGUCGGAACAAGUGCGACAGUAGCUACAAAGACCGAUGGCGGGAGAGACAGCACGUUUUCCUCCCCUGCGCCGUCGAUCAGAUCCAUGGCAACAACCCUGACCACCGUCCAAUCGAUUGCCGCCCCAUCACACACCACCAACAACAACAACUACAACAACCCCGGCGGGACCCCCAUGCUCACCCAUACUUCGACUGCGGCAAGCAACCCCGUCUACUAUGGCGGGCAACCAGCGACCGCAGUCCCAGCGCAUCUUGCUCCCCACUCGCACCCGACAACCUACCACUCUGCAAUAGCCAACAACGUGCUCACCGACGACGCCUCCAUCCUCACCCUGGCAUCUUCCUCCAAACGCCGACGACGCAAUUCGGUCGACACCAAUGCGUCGAUCAAAGCACUCGCCCCGGCGUCCAUGUUCGGAGGAAGCCGCGAGUCUCUGCCGUUGUCAGUGCUGUCCGGCACGGUCAUUCACCCUAGCGCUGCGGCAGACACGGCGUCUCUUCGCGGGGAUGCGGCGCAUAACACACGCUCAAACUUGAACGCCGAACGGUCCAGCCUGAUCUCGGCCAGCGGAGUGACGGCCCCGGCCUUGGCCAGCGAGCGGAAUAGUUACAUCGGGAGCAAAUACGGCGGCGACACCGCGAGCGUGAGGAGCAAUCUCCUGGGCGCGAGUGCGGGCCAUGGGCGCAACGACAGUCUGAGCGGGAGCAUAGGCGGCCACCGCGAGAAGGAGCGCGACAAGGAAAAGGAAAAAGAGAGGGACCGCGGCAUGGAAAAGGUGGGGGAAUCAGAGAAUGAGAACGGGAAUGUCCCCGGGAUGGUCACCGCGCCGACGAGUCCACUGGUUGACGGGCCACGCGAUGGCGCAGGCGAAACCGUGUAUACGUCUGCCUCCGCGGUGGAGGAAGAGGCCGGGGCCGGGGCCGGAGCCGGAGUCGGAGCCCUGGAGAAGGAGAACGACAAGACGCCAUCGUCGUUGGACGAGAAUUGAGAGGGUCGGAUGAGUUACGGUGCACGAUUCGCAUUUUGGGUUUGGGAGGGGGGCCAAGAGGACGACGCGAGAGAUCGAGCGAGGAUGAACAGUCAAAAUGACGGAUUGCUUCAUGGGUUGAUAUUGAUACGGGAAUAUGAUUAUGCGUGGAGUCCAGGGCUGUGAUGCGGUGCAGAUAGAACAUGAUACCCCCCCUGCAUGCGAGCUGUCGAGACAAUAAUUGCAUGACACGUCCG